AUCCGUAUUUUCACUUUACAAUUACUUGAGAAAUGUGGAAAUAUUUAAAAAUAGUAUUAGUAUUACUAUUACUUGGACUUUCGAGUAGGGUUUUGAAAAUUCAGGAUACAGUAGUUUGUAGCAAGACUAAACAGGAUUGCUCAUUCUGAUUUAUACCGCGGGCUCUGUUAUUCUUUAUGUGCUACUUCAGUUUUUAAUUUAGAAUUUUGGCUGGGAAUUUUUAACCGAGAAUUGUUAUUACAAAAUGCAGUUUACUUCAUUAAUAGAACAAACAAAAAAAGAAAAGUUUUCUUGGAUUGGUGAAGGUAAACAAGUAAAUAGAAGAAAAAGGAAUGAACUACAUUAUAGUGAAUGUACAUUGUCAAAUUGUAAAAUAGCUGUCAAAGACUUUGUGUUAGUGCGUAAUGAUGACUGUAUGGACUCUGAAAAUCUACAAAACUGUUUUGUGGGACAAGUACAAGACCUUUUUGAUACAGGUGAAGGAAAUAAUGAAAAUCAUAGAGCUGUUCUUCAGUGGUAUUCAAGAAUUUCUGAGAUUCCUCCUCGUCACCAGAAGCAAUUGAAGGCUGCAAAUAGCAAGUGGGAAGUACUUCAAGAUACUCGAACCAAUUUUGAUUCCAACAUUGAUGUUGAAACAAUUUUUGGUAAAUGUUCGGUUAUUUUUUUACAACCUUAUGAUAACACUGAUACAGAAGAAACAGAAAAUUUACCAAGAUUUUAUUGUCGGUGGAAAUAUAAUGGAUUUCAUUUUGAACCAGUGAAGGAGUUUGAAGUGACUAAAACAAAAGUCAAAAUUAACACUCGUAAUGUUAAAAGUAAGUCUACUAAUGGACGUCUGGAACAAUAUAACUAUCAACAUGCAGCAUUACCUCUCGUGGAGAAAGAGAUUUUGGAGGAUAGUCGAGAUCAUUCUCCUGAAAUAGAACUGCAAGCUCCAAUUCAUGAACUGGAAAAAGUUCAGAAAUCACAUGCUAAGUAUGAGGAACAGUCGGCAUCAUUUAAACAAGUAGAAAAGCUUACCAGACAGCGAUCUAGAACUAAAAAAAGAGAUUCCCUAAAAAUACAGAAAUUGUGUUGUAAAGAGAGAGAAAAAAAUAUUUCACCUAAAGGGUGGAAUGAAAACCAUUUCUCUCCCUCAAUAGAAACAUCUAAAGUGUUUCUUAAAGAUCUAAGAGUGAGAAUAGACAUUUCAGAUUUUAAAAAAAGCAAAACAGCCUUAGGGAAAUCUCAGUUCAGCAGAUUUGAUGUUAAAAAACUAGAAAAUGGGUUGAAGGAUGAUAUUGAGAAAAAAAGCUUUUUAAGAAAAAACAAAGACUAUUGGAUGACUAAUUCUGGAAACAAAGUUUGUCCACUGGUGAUGGCUGAAGUACCCGAAGACAAGUUUAUAAGAAGUUUUUCAGAAGAGAGGAAUCCUCCUAAAUCAAAAAAACAGAGGUUCAGUGUAAGUGCCAAAAAACUUCAGGUGGAUGAAGAAUCUUCUGAAGAUGACUAUGAAAAUGUGGAAGAAGAUACGGACAGUGAUGAAGAUUUUGAAAUUGUUUCUUCAGUUAAAAAAACCAGUAAAAGAAGAAACCCUACCGGUCAAAAAUCAAAAAACAAAGGAACUUGUCAAACUCUUGGGAGGAAAAUAAAGAGGUUACGACCGGUUAUUCCAUCUCGUCAGACACCUUGUUCUGUCUCUGAAAAUCCAUUGGAAUUGGCCAGAGUAAAAUUACAUGUAUCGGCAGUACCAGAGUAUUUACCAUGCAGAGAAUAUGAAUAUUCUGAUAUCUAUUCAUUUAUAGAAGGAAAGCUUUUUGAUGAAUCAGGAGGUUGCAUGUAUAUUUCUGGAGUACCAGGAACAGGAAAGACUGCUACAGUGCGAGAAGUAAUGAGAUGUUUAACCCAAGCAAGAGACAGUGGAGAAGUGCCUUUAUUUCAGUUCAUAGAAAUAAAUGGAUUGAGAUUAACAGAUCCACAUCAUUUCUAUUCUCAGUUGUUACAGGAACUGACCCAUGAAAAAGCAACAACUUCUCAUGCUGCUGAACUUCUGGAACAAAGGUUUACAAAGCCGGGGCUUAAAAGAGAUCAUGUGGUCCUUCUAGUUGAUGAACUUGACCUUCUGUGGACUCGUAAACAGGAUGUUAUGUACCAUAUUUUUGAUUGGCCUACUUAUCCCCAUUCUAAAUUUAUUGUGAUAGCUAUAGCUAACACAAUGGACCUGCCAGAAAAAAUUAUGUUGAACAGAAUAUCUAGUCGAUUGGGACUGACAAGGAUAAGUUUUCAACCCUACACUCACAAACAGUUGCAGGAAAUAGUAAUGUCCAGAGUACAAGGGUUGAAUGCUUUUGACCCUGAUGCUGUUCAGUUGGUUGCCCGAAAAGUUGCUGCAAUAUCAGGUGAUGCAAGAAGAGCCUUGGACAUUUGUCGUAGAGCAACUGAGAUAACUAAACUAGAGUCUAAACACAAAGCAAGUCCAGAAAAGGGCUCAAGACACCUUGUAGGCAUGGGACAAAUAGAGCAAGCUUUGCAAGAAAUGUUCACAUCACCCAAGAUAGCUGCAAUGAGAUCAUCUUCUCUUCAAGAGAAGCUUUUUCUGAAAGCUGUUGUUGCAGAAUAUCAGCGUUCUGGACUAGAAGAAGCCACAUUUUCUCAGAUUUUUAAGCAACAUGUGGCGAUAUGUAGGCUUGAAGGUAUACAACCCCCUACUCCUUCUGAAUGUGCAGCUAUAUGUUCUUAUCUUGGUAGUUGCCGUCUUCUACUUGUUGAAGAUGGCCAGAAAGAUAUUUUACAAUGUGUUAGGUUAAAUAUGAGUGUAGAUGAUGUCAAUUAUGCCUUACAAAAUUGAAAAGAAUAUUUUUUGUAAGUGAAAUAUAUUAUUACAAGAAAGUUUUGAAAAGUGAGAAGCAUUUUAAAUACUUUAGUUUUUUGUUUUGUUUUUUUCAAUUUGUUUACUUAAUCUUGAAUCAGACAAAAUGAGCUUUUAUAUCAUCAAGGUUUUAGUAGUUUAAACAUUGCUUUAAAGCAACAUUUUAUCUUAACUGAUUGGGUGUUAUAAGCUCUAACAUUUGACUCAAUGUAUUUAUCCAUCAUCUAUAUUUUAAAUUUUGAAGAUGUCGUUUUAAAUUUCAUUAAACAUCAAGAAUUAUUUUUAAUUUGCAUUUAAUACAUUUUACAAAAGAACAGUUAUAUUGAAAACAUUUGAUCAUUGAAAUGUAUAUGUGAGUGCACUUUUUUUAUAUUCAAUCAUUAGUUAAAAAGUUAAGUCAUGUUAUUUUUCAACUUUUAUUUUCAAAUUUCAAUUGCAGAUACUUGUUAGUUUAUAUAUUUAGUCCUCCAAGGUAAACAAAGAAGUAACAAUACUCAAAUUUUAUAGGGACAACAUCCACUAGAUGAGCACAUAAAAUCAAGAUCAUAUUUGUUUCUUUUU